CUCAUACUCUAGUCUAGUUUGUGGUCUAUUUAUUUUUGGAACUGGAAGUCCGUGAAAAUCGAGGAUUUUACGUUUUUAACUUAGAACAUGGUGCUAGAAAACAAAUAAAAUGUCAACCGAAAAUUGCUUGGUGAAAGCAAUUUAUUCUUUCAAGGGUAAAAAUAACGACGAGCUAUGUUUCAAAAAAGGCGAUAUUAUAACUGUUACUCAAAAAGAAGAAGGAGGAUGGUGGGAGGGAACUUUAGGCGAGACUACUGGCUGGUUCCCGAGUAACUACGUAACUGAGCAUAAAGAUCCAUCAGGUAGUGUGACAACUUCCCCUAUAAGGGCAGCAUCAGAAAUUCAAGCAUUCAGAAAUGUAGUUCUCAAAGAUAUAAUUGACUCUGAGAAGGCUCAUGUAGCUGAAAUGCAGGGACUUGUCAGCAAUUUCUUGCAGCCUUUGGAGAAAAGUGACAUGCUGACAAGGGAUGAAUUCAAGCAGUUAACAGGCAAUAUAAAUGAGGUGCUUCAAGUACAUGAACAGUUUCUGGCAUUAUUAGAUGAAUGUGCCACAAAGACCGGGCCUGAUCAAAGAGUAGGUGGUCUGUUUUUACAAUGGGCUCCAAAAAUCAAGAGUGUACAUCAAACUUAUUGUGCUGGCCAUCCAAAGGCAGUCUGUAUUCUUGACAAAUACAAGGAAGAACUGAAUACAUGGAUGGAAGAAGCUGGUGCAGUGUGUCCUGGAGUGCUAGUCUUGACAGCUGGCUUGUCAAAGCCAUUUCGGAGGUUGGGAAAAUAUCCUGCAAUGCUGCAGGAGCUGGCAAGGCAUGUGCAUGAAGCACACCCUGAUAGGGGUGACACUCACAGAGCAUCUGUUGUGUACAAGGAUAUUGCUAGUGGUUGUGCAGCGUUAAGGCGACAAAAAGAGUUAGAGCUUCAAGUGGUUACUGGUGAGGUUCGAGGCUGGCCAGGUGGUGAACUUGCAUCUCUUGGUGAUGUCUUGCAUAUGGGCAGUGUAGCUGUCGGCCCCUCACACCAAGACCGCUAUCUUGUACUCUUCCCCUCAGCAUUACUCUUGCUUUCAGUAAGCAAGAGGGUGUCGGCAUUUGUAUACGAAGGUUGUCUUCCACUAACUGGCAUCACAGUCUCUAAACUAGAUGAUACAGAUACCAGAAAGAAUGCAUUUGAAAUAAGUGGACCAAUGAUAGACACGAUUGUAGCUGUGUGUCAAACAAGGGCUGAAGCUGACAACUGGGUCAGUCUUUUACAGAAACACUCUAACACCAGUAGCCCUGCUCAUGAGCCUGGACAGCCGCAAUCGCUGCCACAUAUGGCCAUGAGCGACAGCAAUAACUCUGAUUUAUCGUCUGGUCUAACAAACCAUAAAAGAUCACAUUCAUUCAACAAUCAUCAAAGCUACACACAACAUACGCAACAAACGCAAAAAAAUAAACAAAAGAAUCAGUCUGCGCGCUGGCUCUUAAAUUCGUGUGACUCUCUUGACCAAUCACCUGCUAAGUCAAACAAAAGUCCUAUCGGCAAAAAGUUUUCAUCUGUGGAUUUCAUCGACACGGCUGGCUCAAACUACAGCAAUAAAGGGUGGAGCAUAACAUGUUUACGGCCAGCACCGCCUCUCAGACCGCAAUCAUUCACGGUCGGUUCCGACGAAAACAUUGGGCCGACGCACCCUUAUGCGCCGCAUCAACGAAAGUCCAAUUCUUAUGAAGAGGACGCUCUCAUAUUAAAAGUUAUCGAGGCUUACUGCACCUCGGCGCGUUGCAGAAACGCUGUAAGUUCAGUGGACUGCGGCCACUUAUCUCUCGGUAAAGUACAAUAUCACGCACCCGCUACUAACAUACCUCACUAUAACUACACUAAACUUCCGACCGUCCAGCGAAGUAACACGCCCGAAUAUUCCGGCUGUAGUAAAACGACAAAAGUAAAACGUAACAAAAGCUCCUCUGCGGCGGACACAUAUUUGUAUCGAGGCCCGGACACGAGGAGGCUGCUAUCGGACCGAAAAUUCGACAUGAAUCGCUCUAAUCCCAAUCUUUGGGAGUGUUCCGAGGAGCGGAGACAGAAGCUAAUAUGCGGCAGGGAGCGCCGCAGCGGCUCGCACCCGAGCCUGGCCGCGCCGCUCAGGGCUGUGCUCACCGUCCCCUCGCCUUCCACCACUUCCCGCUCCGCGCGCUCCUCUACUUGGUGUUGUGGCACCUUUGUCAAACAACUCACGAAAUCUCAUCAUUUUGAUUGACAUAAGUAGAUAAACUAGUUUAAUGCUCAAUUGUUGUUCCUACAUAUCAAUCACCCCUUUCGCUGUUCGCUCGGAUUACCUUCAGACUUUAACCAUGUGUGUAAUCUCGUGACAAGUGUGAUCGUUGAAAAUCUAUUUCAUUUUCAAAUUUUACAUUUAACCAAAGGUGAUCCCAUUGACUAAUAUUAUAAUUGUUUGUUUAUAUUUGAAUAAUUGCAUCCUCAUUUUCAUAGUUGCUGAUCAUUAUAUUUGUGCAUUAAAUGUAAUAUAACAAAACGAGUUGCAAGCAGGGCGAAUGUUCCUGUACACGGUACCACUAUUCGCCUUGGUUUCAAUCGAGUGCUGGUGCCAUUGACGUAGGCUUAAUAUAACGGUCGAACAAGCGUUUUUAUCAAUAUUUAAAUAGAUUUUUCAUAUACAAUGCAUGUGUGCAGUAUUAUUUAGUAAUUAGAGAGAAUAAAAAAGUUGCUUGUAUAUUUUAUAAAUAUAUUUUUGUGGUGCAUUAAAUAUUUGUAGCAUAAUUUGCAUGAUUAUGCUUAGCAACUAGUAGAUUGUAAGGAAUUAAUAUAUUAAAUGUCUACACUCUAAGACUAUAAUCAUUAAUUGGUAAAUUCAGUGAUGGAAUGAUGCCAAGUAAACAUUUUUCUUCAUAGUUGUUUGUAUUUAUGAUUGGAAUCCAUUAAAUGCCAAAUGGUGCUUUUUAUACGCAGGCGUCUAUUAAGAGUAGGAGUCAUUAAAAUUGUCAUUACUUUUUGAAUUAUAUAUUUAGUAUCCACAUUUGUGAAUCUAUUAAAAAUGUUUGCUAAAAUAUUUCUAUGAAUCUGAAGUAAGAUAGCAGC